AUGGAUACACUACUCUCCCAACUCGACGCGCUCGUCCUUAAACCCGAACUUGCGCCGCUACUGUCAUUAGUUAAGGGUGCACGCAAUGGAAUCGUCUACGGAUCGAAAGUCCGCUUUCCGCAUGCGCUGGUAAUGAUAUUUCUGUUCAGAUCUGGAACAAUACGCGAAAAGACCAAGCUCGUUUUGAAAGCAACUCGCCAGCACGCGCGGAACCUCGCCACAUUCGCCAUCAUCUACAAAGCCUCGAUGAUCGUUCUCCGGAAUAUACCAGGUGGCGCCGGGAAAGAGGGACGAUAUGAUAGUUUCUUUGCAGGCCUGCUGGGCGGGUAUGCAGUUUUCGGACGACAGCCGGGCAGUAUUAGCCAGCAGAUUGUUAUUUACGUCUUCGCCCGUGUCAUGCUUGCUCUUGCCAAGCUCGCCGUCCAACCCAACAUGCAUCCUCUUUCCUCCCUCAUCACAUCCGAUUCACGCACCAAGAUCACGAAUAAUGCUUACCCCGUUUUCGCCGGUAUGACCUGGGCGAUGGUCAUGUACAUUUUCCGCUGGCAUCCGGAGACGCUGGCGUCGAGUCUGCGGAGUAGCAUGGUGUAUAUUUACGGCGACUCAGACCAUUGGGAUUCCCUCCGCACUCUACUUGUACACAACAAAUGA